AGAGAUAGAAAGAGAAAGAGAGAAAGGUCAAAUCUUGCGGCCAAGGGUUGUAUUUUAUUUUGUGGUGGGAGUAAUCUGUUGCCUUCUUCUCUGCUCAACUUUCAUUUCUUUUUUCUUUUCUUUACCCAGAAAUUUUUUUUAUUAUUUUUUUUAAUUUUAACUUACUCAACCCACCAGCUCUAAUCCCGAUAACAUUUCAACUCUCUGUAAUUAUUUCUUUCCUUUGUCCUUAUCACAUCACUUUGCUUAUCCUUUCUUUCGAUCCAUCGUCGACUCGUCACUCGUCGCUACGGGCUACUAUGGAUCCAUUUGAUUUGGUUCGUAAAGGUUUCGGGUGAAGUCUUCUUUAAUUCAAGGUUGUUUUGGGGCACUUUCUUUUAUGCAUGUAGAUUCCUUUUUGUUGCUAUUUUAGUCAAGAAUGAGCUUGUCCAAGAGAGGGACUCAGAUUAGUGAUACUAAGUUAAACAAUCCAAACAAGGCAACCGUUUUAAAUCCGAAUGCAGCAGAGUUCAUACCCUUUGCACUCAGAUCACCAUCAUUUGGAAGUUCCAGUGCAGCAGAUGCAACUGCAAGGUUUACUACUUCUGGUUCUGUAGGAAAAGCUGUACUUGAUCAAUCAGAGUCAUCUGUUUCAAAUAAUUCUGAUGAAGAGGCUCACCAGUAUUGGUGUCGACAGCUCCCUGAUGAUAUUACACCAGACUUUAAGGUCAUGAAUGAAGAUGACUCUCCUGGACUUGGGGGUCUUUCUUUGGCUGACUUGUCGUUACAUGACAACAUUGAUGGGACAAGGUUUCCUCCUUCUACCGGAAGUGGUUAUUUGCUGACUGAGCAACGGGAAUUAUCUCCACAUCUGAAUGGGAAUAGCUUUGCAGACAAGAUGAGAUUUUCUGCUUCAAGCUAUGGCGAGGAUUCUACUGCAGCCAGUUUUUUGCAACUGCCGCCUAAGCCGUGGGACAAGCAAAUUUUGGGCGGUGAUCAGCAUAGGGAGGGACAUCCUUACAAUGGGAAUCUUACCCAUGGGUUCUUGGAUGACAUAUCAAGUGAGCAUGGAAUAAUAGAUGAUACUGAGAUUAAUCCGGUGGAGUUUUUGGCAUCACAAUUUCCUGGAUUUGCUGCUGAAAGCCUUGCUGAAGUUUAUUUUGCCAAUGGGGGUGACCUGAACCUGACAAUUGAGAUGCUCACGCAGCUUGAGCUCCAAGUCGACGGUGGUUUCAAUCAGAAUUUAAGCUCAAAGACCUUGUCAGCUCCUAAUCUCAGUGUGAUGGACUUUCCUGCACUUACGGUGCCAGAGAGUCAGAGUGGCCCUGGAAAAUAUUCCGGAGAUGAUCUUCAGCAAAGUGGAAAUCUGUAUCGUUCUUCUGACAAGGAGAAUUUGCUGAUGUUCAAGACCAGCUCUUCUAUUCCAUCAAGAGGUGCAGUAGAUUUUGCUUCUGCUGUCAGAAAAUUGGCUUCUCAGGAUUCUGGUGUAUGGAAAUAUGAUAGAAAUGGUUCUUCUGAUACCACUAUCGGGUCAAGUAGAACUUCUAAUGUUUUAGCUAGUGCUUACAGUGGAAGUCAUGGGAGGGGACUUUAUGCUGAUAGGUUACAGAAUCGUGGAUCAGCUCGGACAGCUCCUGUUUGGCUUGAAACUGGAGAGGCAGUGGCAAAUAUGUAUUCUGAGCUGCGGGAAGAAGCUCGUGAUCAUGCUCGCCUACGUAAUGCAUAUUUUGAUCAGGCACGUCAAGCCUAUCUUAUUGGAAAUAAGGCUUUAGCGAAGGAAUUGAGUGUGAAAGGGCAUCUGCAUAAUAUGCAAAUGAAGGCAGCUCAUGAAAGAGCUCAAGAGUCAAUUUACCAUCAGAGGAACCCAGUUGAGAUGCAGGGAAGAGGACAGGAUCGGAUGAUAGACCUGCAUGGACUGCAUGUAAGUGAAGCUAUUCAUGUACUGAAGCAUGAGCUGAGCGUUCUCAGAAGCACAGCCCGGGCAACAGAGCAACGAUUGCAGGUUUAUAUAUGUGUUGGAACAGGGCACCACACCAAGGGUUCUCGAACUCCAGUAAGACUUCCAAUUGCUGUGCAGCGCUACUUGCUUGAAGAAGAGGGCCUUGACUACAGUGAACCACAGCCAGGGCUGCUUCGAGUUGUGAUAUAUAGGGAAACCAAACAAUGCAAAACCCAAGAAAUGUACUUCCGAUUUCAACCCAAAACCGGCACCAUUUUCUUCUCCUCUCCAAGUACUUCGAACCAGAAUCUCUUUCUUCAUCUUUUCUCUCUGCAAAAACACCAUCUUUCAUCUUCCUCCUCUUCCUCUCAAUGGUUCUCUCUUCUUCGCCAAGCAAUCUCCACCUCCAACUUGGCCCUUGGCAAGUCCAUUCACGCCCGUAUAUUGAAUUCUUUCCAGGACCCAGAUCGUUUUUUAACCAACAAUCUCAUUACAAUGUACACCAAGUGCGGUUUACUUUUGUAUGCCCGUCGCCUGUUUGAUAUUAUGCCCGACCGAGACCUCGUCAGUUGGAAUUCAAUUCUAGCUGCUUAUGCUCAAUCCGGGGAACAUGACAUUGAGAACUUGAAAGAGGGUUUUCGUCUUUUUCGUACUUUACGUGAGUGUGUUGUGUUGACAAGUCGACUGACUCUGGCUCCUGUGUUGAAGUUAAGUUUGUUUUCCGGAUAUGUUUGGGCUUGUGAGGCGGUUCAUGGGUAUGCGGUGAAGAUUGGCUUGGAAUGGGAUGUGUUUAUUUCGGGGGCUCUUGUGAAUAUUUACUCAAAGUUUAGUAGAAUUAGGGAGGCCAGGGUAUUGUUUGAGGGUAUGCCAGAAAGAGACGUUGUUUUAUGGAAUGUAAUGUUGAAAGCCUAUAUAGAAUUGGGUUUUACAGAAGAAGCUCUUUAUCACUUCUCGGAUUUUCAUCGAAGCGGGCUGCGUCCUGAUGACGUGAGCGUGAGGUGUGUGCUGAGUGGGAUUUCUGAUAUUAGUUCUGAUAUAGUCAGGAAAUACAAGGAGCAAGUUCAGGCUAAUGCAAUAAAAUUGUUUCUGUAUGAUGAUAUUUCAAAUGUGGUUUUAUGGAAUAAGAGGUUGACUGAACACCUCCGAGUUGGUGAUAAUUUUGGUGCUUUUGAGUGCUUUGUAAAUAUGAUUAGAUCAAAUGUAGAGUUUGAUAGUGUUACAUUUUCAGUUGCUUUGGCAGCAGUUACCAGCAAUAAUAAUUUUGAUUUGGGACAACAAAUCCAUAGUAUGGUUUUUAAAUCAGGUUUUAGUUCAGCAGUAUCAGUUGGAAAUAGUCUUAUCAACUUGUAUUCAAAAUUGGGCUACAUCUUGCUUUCUCAAAAAGUGUUCUCUGAUAUGAAUGAAUUGGAUUUAAUUUCUUGGAACUCAAUGAUAUCAAGCUAUGCCCAGAGAGGCUUGGAAAAGGAAUCAGUUAAUCUCUUUAAAGAUCUAUUACGUAGUGGCUUGAUACCAGAUCAUUUCACUUUGGCAAGCGUUCUGAGGGCAUGUUCCUCACUGGCAGAAGGCUUUCAUCUCAAUGAACAAAUUCAUGUCCAUGUGAUAAAAACUGGUAAUGUCAAUGACACUUUUGUAUCAACUGCUCUUACUGACGUUUAUUCCAGAGUUGGAAAAAUGAUGGAGGCAGAAAAAGUAUUUGAAAGAAAAGAUGAAUUUGAUUUGGCAACUUGGAAUGCAAUGAUGUUUGGGUAUAUAUUGAGUAAUGAUAGUCACAAAGCAUUGAAACUCUUUUCUCUGAUGCAUGCAAGUGGGGAGAGACCAGAUCAGAUAACAUUAGCAACUGCAGUGAAAGCUUCUGGUUGCUUGUUGGGGUUACGGCAAGGGAAGCAAAUUCAUGCUUAUGUGACAAAGUCUGGGUUUGACUCAGAUUUAUGUGUCAGCAGCGGUAUUCUAGAUAUGUAUGUCAAAUGUGGAGACAUGGUUGACGCCCGCUUAGUGUUCAAUGAUAUCCCUACACCUGAUGAUGUUGCCUGGACAACUAUGAUAUUUGGUUGUGUUGAAAAUGGAGAUGAAGAGCAUGCUCUUUCUAUAUACCAUCAGAUGAGGCUUUCUGGGGUCCUACCUGAUGAAUAUACGUUUGCUACCCUUGUUAAAGCCAGCUCCUGUCUGACAGCAUUAGAACAAGGAAAACAAAUUCAUGCAAAUGUGAUCAAGUUGGAUUGUGCUUUAGAUACUUAUGUAGGGACUUCUCUUGUUGACAUGUAUGCUAAGUGUGGGAACAUAGAAGAUGCAUAUCAAUUGUUUAAACAAAUGAAUGUGAGGAAUAUUGCCUUGUGGAAUGCCAUGUUGGUGGGUUUAGCUCAACAUGGAAAUGGUGAAGAAGCCCUUAAACUUUUUAAAGUCAUGAAGGCUAAUGGUUUUGAGCCUGAUAGAGUAACCUUUAUUGGAGUCCUUUCUGCUUGUAGUCAUUCUGGUUUGGUUUCUGAAGCUUAUGAACAUUUCCAUUCAAUGCAUCACAAGUAUGGUAUUGAACCCGAGAUUGAGCAUUACUCUUGUCUGGUUGAUGCUCUUGGGCGUGCAGGGCGCACUCAAGAGGCAGAGGAACUUAUUAUCUCAAUGCCAUUUGAAGCUUCUGCAUCGAUGUACAGAGCCUUGCUUGGUGCUUGCAGGGUCAAGGGGGACACAGAAACUGGGAAACGGGUGGCAGAGAAGCUACUGGCCUUGGAACCAUCUGAUUCAGCAGCUUAUGUUCUUCUGUCCAAUAUGUACGCUGCUGCCAACCAAUGGAAUGAUGUUACUCGUGCUCGCAGAACUAUGAAGAGGAAGAAUGUUAAAAAGGAUCCUGGUUUUAGUUGGAUCGAUGUCAAGAAUCAGAUUCAUUUGUUUGUGGUGGAUGAUAGGUCCCAUCUGCAAGGUGAUUUGAUAUACGACAAGGUGGAGGUUUUGAUGAAAAGAAUUAAAGAAGAAGGAUAUCUCCCUGAUAUGGACUUUGUGCUUCUUGAUGUGGAAGAAGAGGAAAAAGAGCGCGCUCUGUAUUAUCACAGCGAGAAAUUAGCUAUAGCUUUUGGACUCAUAAGCACUCCUCCCUCAACCACCAUUCGAGUAAUAAAAAACCUUCGAGUUUGUGGAGAUUGCCAUAAUGCAAUAAAAUACAUAUCAAAAGUUUCAGAACGAGAAAUUGUAUUGAGAGAUGCAAACCGCUUCCAUCAUUUCAAGGAUGGAAUCUGCUCUUGUGGUGAUUAUUGGUAACGCUGGAAUAGAUUUUUGUUAGAUUUUCAGUAUAAUAACCAUAGAUUCUAAAAGUUUUGCUUAGUUGUUUCUAUGUUAGGUAUUUAUAGAUGCAAGAAAAUAGAGCUUUAGAUCAGUGUUGGUGAGAGUUGGGUGAGUCAAGAAUUCAGGGAGGACCACCCUCGUUUGCUUGAGUUGAGAAUCAGAAUCUCUCUCAACUAUUUUUAUUAGCAAUUUAUGAUAAUGUUGUCGACAAAAAUGAUGAGACUCUUCAUUAUUCUAGUUUUUCAAUUUUUUGA